AUGCCUCCUGAUAUCAACCGCAACGAUCCUGAGCCAUGCCCAGAGCGAAUCUUUCCUCGGAUGCCACGAUUGAUGGAACCAAUUAUUCAUCCUCCACCAAGAGCGCAACAGGCGCAAAACAGAAACCGCAACCAGGCUGCGGGACCAAACAACAAUAACGAGGAGAGAGACGAAGCUCAACGUCGCAGACUUCCAUUUAUAUUCCGUCUUAUCAUUGGUCCACAAAUCGCAAGAUACCUCCGCAUGCGUCGUGCGAUGAACGAUGCUCGUGAUCAGAACGUAAACGGAAAUGCACUUCCACCAACUAAUGGAUCUGGCCCCAACCCGAAUGGACAAUCUACUUUUGGAUCCGGCGCAGCCACUUCUGGAGCAGGACCUUCUACAUCGGGAUCAGGACUUUCACGCCAAAACUGA